ACCACCACCACACUGCUACCACCACCACCACACCGCUACCACCACCCCAGCACCACUAUCCCCCCACCGUUAACUGCCUCCACCACCGCCGCCGCCGCACGUGGUUGUUGAGUUGUGAGACUCGUUGAGGAAGGAGAAGGAGGAGGAGAAGGAGAAGGAAAAGAAGGAGGAGAAGAAGGAGGAGGCCUCCACCGACCGCCGCAUGGCACCGCGACACAGGGCGCUUCGGGUCGUUAUGGCCGGGGACGAGGUGGUGGUGGCGGCGGUGUCGCCGCCGCAGCCGCAGCAGCAGGACGUGGGCCUCGCCGCCACCGCCGCCUCCCCCGCCGGGCGCGUGGUGCUGGGCCCGGGACUCCGGCGCGAGGGGGAGGUGGUGCUGGCGUGCCGCUGCGGCGUGCUGCGACACCGGGAGCCGCACACUUACUGGGUCGAGUCGCACCAGAAGCGGUACGUGCCCGUCAAAGGCGAGACGGUGAUUGGAGUGGUGACGGCACGGGCGGGCGACGUCUUCAAGGUUGACGUUGGUGGUAGCGAGCAGGCCAGCCUCUCAUUCCUGGCCUUCGAGGGAGCCACAAAACGAAACCGGCCCAACGUGCAGGUGGCAGACCUCGUGUUUGGCCGCCUCCUCGUGGCCAACAAGGACAUGGAGCCCGAGUUGGUGUGCAUGGACAGCGGGGGCCGAGCGUCCGGCAUGGGGGUGCUGGGUCCCGGAGGGUUUCUUCUGCACUGCUCGCUGGGACUCGCGCGGAGGUUGCUGCAGCCGGACUGCGAGAUCCUACGCCGGCUUGGCGCUGCGUUUCCCAUGGAGAUUGUGGCCGGCAUGAACGGGCGCGUGUGGGUGAAGGCGCGCACGGUGCGCAACACCCUCCUAGUGGCCAGCCUCCUGGACAGCAGCGAGUUCAUGAGCCCACGGCAACUGCAGGCGGCGCUCGCGCGCAUCCCCGAAGACCUCGCGGUGGCACGCUGAGCACCCCCCCCCCACCACCGGGACGUCCACCCACCCCCCUCUUCACUGACGGACGUUGGGUUUUAUAAAUAAACGAUUUGUUUUAUUGUG